UUGAAAAUGAGCACAAAUAAGGGUAACAAAGAGAGCAGAAUUAAGAGGUGCAUAAAAGCACCAAUUAGAGUUUUAAUUAAAGCAAGAGACUGUUACGUCCAUAGCUUGAUGGAUUGUUCUGGAAAAAUUGGGUAUGGCAGUGUUAUGGGUGUUCCACAAAUCUCUGCUUUGCCGAGAAGUUUCAGUGUCAAUUCAUCUGUAUCAAGUAGUAGGGACGAAGAUUUCAGGGAGCUGGUGCGAAUUGCUUCCAGAAAAAGUCUGGUAAACAAAAUGGAAACAGAGUUUCUGAGGCAAAAAUCAAUUGCUAAAAAUGUUGAUUUGGUGCCUCGGAGUCGAUCUGUUGCAAUUGGACGAAUCGAUGAAGAUAAGCCGUGUGAUUUUGGUGACGAUGUGAAAGUGAAUACAGAUUUGUUUCUGAGAAGUAGAAGCUGUGCUGUUUCUUCUAGAAAAACAGGGUUGUUCUGAAACAGAGGAAGAGAAUUUGGAAGAAGGAAACAAGGCUUGCUGUUGUUAAUUAUCUGCUACACGGUUUCUUUGGAUUGUUUUUGUUAUGGUUUCUCUUUCGCUCUUGUUGCAUAUACAUCUUCACUUUGCA